AUGGCGGCCAAUAAAGAGAUUAUUUCUUCAAUGACAGCAGCAGAUAUUAAAAACGAACUGGAAGCUAAUGGACUAUCAACAAUUGGAACAAAGACCGAACUUGUCCAAAGACUAUAUUCUUUUCGAAAAGGUAAGCAAACACCUUUAAUAGCGCCAUCAUUUAGCUUUGAAUAUACUCCAUCAAAAUUACACGAAGAAGUAAAAGGGUUAAUCGAGAAAGUAAGUGAGAGAGAAAAGGAAAUCGAUGAAAAGAUCUCGUCACAAUUUGAAAAAUUAAGUAAACAACUAAUGCUUUUUGUUGGCUCACAUGUUCAAAACGAGCAUAUUUCAUCAGAUGUUGGAGAGAGCGAGAAGGUGCACGAGGAAAAGGCUGUUGUUACAGACAUCGUCAAAUUAAACCGAAAGUUAAAGAUGUUUGGAAGAAGUAUCGAGAUGAUUUUUGCAGAAAUAGAACAUUUACAAAAGAAUGCGAAUGCUCGCCUCGAAAUGGAAAGUGCGUUACGUCGCCUAAAUAAUUUAGAAGAAAGUUACAGUAACAUAGUUCAAGAAAUCAUCGCGUCAAUAAAAGAUGAAAUUGCCGUUGACGAAGAAAUUCAGAAGUGGGCCAGUUUUCAACAAGAAAUUAUAAGAAUUUCRAGAAAAGCAGAGAAUUACAUUUCCUUACGAAAUACAGAAGAAAGUCAGUUUUCUYACAUAUCUCAAGUGGUGGAGCACAUGGCACACAAGACAUGUUCCGGAGUUGGUCAUCUACGAUUACCCAAGUUCACUCUUCCAGAGUUCAAUGGAGAUAUUUUGGAAUGGGUUCCGUGGUGGGAUCAAUUCAAGACUUGCAUCCACGAAAACGAAACUCUUGGAGACAGAGAGAAAUUUAAUUAUCUACGAAUGUACGUCACAGGUACUGCAAAGAGAGCCAUAGAAUACAUCGAAGUUUCUARUGAAAAUUAUUCAAGAGCAAUUGGAGCGCUACAAAGAAGGUAUGGAAGAAAACGUAUUGUUGUUGAACACCUAGUAGAAUCAAUGUUAAGUAUAGAGAAGAAGGAGAAAGUCAAUGCGAAGUCAUUACGCUACUUGUAUGACGUCAUGGUAAACCGUUAUCAUACAUUAGAAUCUUACGAGCCUAAUYUKAAGUACUGUCAUCGCAUCCUGGUUCCUAUACUCCAGUCGAAACUACCACAAGAAGUGCGAAGAAAAUGGGAAUAUGAGUUGUCCAAAAUUGAAAAUGARGAGGAAGAUAAGAAAAUAACUGUUGAAUACUUUUUUGAUUUUCUAAGAUCUCAUGUUAUGUCAGAGGAAGCAUCAGAGAAGUCCCGUUCAGUAUUUCCAGUCAGAGAGACCGAAGAAAGAAAUACACCACGAACAAGGUAUUCAGGAAGAAUUUCUACAGAUAAGUAUAUUUUCCCAUCAUCAGCUACAUCACUGACAGGUAACUCAAAGCAAGAAGACUUCAAACAAAGAAACCAGUCUAUUAAAUCGGUAGAAGAAAGACUGCAGAUUAUCAAAGAGAAGAAACUGUGCUUUAACUGCCUACGCCCAACUGGAUCAAGCCACACAAGUGCCACUUGUAAACGUCCUGGUUGUUUGGUUGAAGGUUGCAGCAAGAAGCAUCAUGUACUUCUACAUCGUGCCCAAAAGGAAAAUGACGAACAGAAAGCAUCGACGACAAUGAGUGAAAGUCAAGGUUCAUUAUCCAAUCAAGUAAAAGGCCAUUCAGGGCUAGUUACUGGCGUCUUUGGAGCUGAUGUCAACAAUCAGAUCAGGUUACUGCCUACAGCGUUAGCAAGACUCCAUUGCAAUGGUAAAGAGCUAAUGGUUCGUGUGCUAGUGGAUAGUGGAAGUGAUCAUUCUUACAUUCGUAGAGAAGUUGCACAAGCACUAAAUUUGCCGUCCAAUGGUCCAUCAAAGUCGAUGACAAUAUCCAUGCACGGAGGACAAACAAGGAAGACGAAAGUUGAGAAYGUUAAUUUUCAGGUAUCACCUAUCCAUGACUUUAAUAAGAAAGUCGAGUUGUCAGCAUGGUCAGUAGAAACAGUUUGUUCACCGCUAGAACCAGUUCAAGUAGACAUGUCAAGGUAUAACCAUCUUGGAGAUCUUGAUUUUGCUGACGAGUAUCCAAGAGGAACGGUAGCAAUUGAUUUGCUGAUAGGUGCUGAUCAAUGGGAUCAAGUCAUGUUGAAUGGAAUCCGAAAGGGUCCUCUACAUACACCAUUUGCCAUGAAUUCCAUAUUUGGAUGGCUGCUGCUAGGAUGUUCCRGAAAGUCUAYGAUGCAAGACAUACAGAAUGACAAGUUAGCUACCAACCUAAAUACUGUUGUUUGUAUUAGAGAAGAUGCAGAGAAUGAUGAAGAUUCCUUCAGCCUAAAGAAGUUUUGGGAAUUGGAGUCUAUUGGAAUUAUCGACCAGAAGAAGAAACUAUCUAGUGAAGAAGAUGAAGCACUACAGCAAUUCCAAUCAACCAUUAACUUUAAAGAAAACAGGUAUGAAGUUGGUCUACCGUGGAGAUCGAAUGCUCCAAAGUUGUUGCCGAACUACCAACAAGCUUCAAAACGGUUAACAAGAGUUGAAGAAAUGCUACGCCAAAAUGAGAGAAAGGAAACUAUGUACAAAGAAGCUAUGAAUCAGUACACCAAARAUGGUCAUGCCAGAGAAAUAACAGAGGAGGAUCAACAAGCAAGCAAGAUAUACUAUCUACCUCAUCACCCUGUCUUUCGUGAAGAUAAGACGACUACAAAAUGUCGAGUGGUAUUUGAUGCAUCUGCUAAAAAUCGUCAAGGAAUCUCACUUAAUGACUGUCUUCUACCAGGACCAGCUUUACAGCCCAAUCUGGUGUCAAUCCUGCUUCGUUUCCGGUUGCACAGAAUAGCGAUGWUGGCAGACAUAAGAAAGAUGUUUCUGCAAGUAAAACUAGCAUUAGAGGACCAGAAUGUUCAUCGUUUCCUGUGGAGAGAAAGCCAAGAUGAAAGUCCAAAGACCUACUGCAUGACGAGAGUAACGUUUGGUGUAGUAAGCAGUCCAUUUGAAGCCAUAGCAACUGUACAGCACCAUGCCAAAGCUAACGAAGAUAAGUUUCCAACAGCUGCWAAAGAAGUGGUAAAGAAUAUGUACGUGGAUGAUUACUUAAGUGGAGAAGAAGAUGAAGAUAAAGCAUAUUUCUUGCACAAAGACCUGUAUGAUAUGAUGAAAGYUGGUGGCUUUGAAUUAGUAAAGUGGUAUACUAAUUCCGAAGAACUGAAGGAUCGCAUUUCACCAGAGCUUAGAGGUCCAACUACACUGGUAGAGCUGAAGAAUGAAGCAGAACMCCUAAAAGCCCUUGGCAUAUCUUGGCAUACAAGCAAAGAUAUUUUCCUGUUUAAUCAAGGAGAAAAUCUCAUUCAG